AUGUCGCUGUCAGUGGCGCCUCCGGCUCCGGGGAAGCCGAGAGUUUCCGCAGGGUGGGGGCUGCGGCGGCAGCGACAGCGACAGUGACAGCAGCCACGGAGGCUGUGGAAAUCUGUUGGAACCUACACAGAUUAUAGGAGCCUGCCUGGGUGGAUGACUGCUAUCAAACCCGACUCUGGAUUUAUUUAUUUGCAGACUAGGGAAGACACCUGGGUAUCUUGGGACAAAUUGAAGCAGCCCAGGGGCAGGAAGAAUGAAUGUCUGCAGCUGUGUUCCCAGUCGACACUGCUCACAGUGAAGGUGACAUCUCCCUCCAGUUUCACAAGAUGAGUGUGGUAUGGUUACCCAGGCCAGGACCUAAGCUUCACAGAGAGCCCAGCCUGCUGUUCUGAUGCCGAAAGGGAGGCAGAAAGUCCCACACUUGGAUGCCCACCUGGGCCUGCCCAUCUGCCUCUGGCUGGAAUUAGCCAUCUUCUUUCUGGUUCCCCAGGUCAUGGGCCUAUCAGAGGCAGGUGGGCUUGACAUCUUGGGCGCAGGGGGGCUCAGCUGGGCUGUACAUCUGGACAGCCUAGGUGAGAGGAAGGAAGAGAGUCUGACGAAACAGGCAGAUGCUGUGGCCCAGGCAGCAGGGCUUGUGAAUGCUGGGCGCAUUGGAGAACUCCAGGGGCACUACCUCUUUGUCCAGCCCGCUGGGCACAGGCCAACCAUGGAGGUGGAGGCCAUGCGGCAACAGGCAGAGGCUGUGUUAGCCAAGCAUGAAGCUGUGCGCUGGCACUCAGAGCAAACGCUGCUGAAGAGGGCCAAGCGCAGCAUCCACUUCAAUGAUCCCAAGUACCCUCAACAGUGGCACCUGAAUAAUCGGCGGAGCCCAGGAAGAGACAUCAACGUGACAGGUGUGUGGGAGCGAAAUGUAACUGGGCGAGGGGUGACAGUGGUGGUGGUAGAUGACGGAGUGGAACACACCGUCCAGGACAUCGCACCCAACUAUAGUCCAGAGGGAAGCUAUGACCUCAACUCUAAUGACCCAGAUCCCAUGCCCCACCCUGAUGAGGAGAAUGGAAACCACCACGGGACCCGGUGUGCAGGAGAAAUUGCAGCUGUGCCCAACAACAGCUUCUGUGCAGUGGGCGUGGCCUACGGGAGCCGAAUAGCAGGUAUCCGGGUGCUGGAUGGACCACUCACUGACAGUAUGGAGGCUGUGGCAUUCAACAAGCACUAUCAGAUCAAUGACAUCUACAGCUGCAGCUGGGGCCCAGACGAUGAUGGGAAGACAGUGGAUGGCCCUCAUCAGCUCGGAAAGGCUGCCUUACAACAUGGAGUGAUGGCUGGUCGCCAAGGCUUUGGAAGUAUCUUUGUGGUUGCCAGUGGUAAUGGGGGCCAGCACAAUGACAACUGCAACUAUGAUGGCUAUGCCAACUCCAUCUACACUGUCACCAUAGGAGCUGUGGAUGAGGAGGGACGGAUGCCUUUUUAUGCAGAGGAGUGUGCCUCCAUGCUGGCAGUCACCUUCAGUGGUGGAGACAAGAUGCUGCGGAGCAUUGUGACCACUGAUUGGGACCUUCAGAAGGGCACUGGCUGCACUGAAGGCCACACAGGAACCUCAGCUGCAGCUCCUCUGGCAGCUGGCAUGAUAGCCCUCAUGCUGCAGGUGCGGCCCUGCCUCACAUGGCGGGAUGUCCAGCACAUCAUUGUCUUCACAGCCACCCAGUAUGAAGAUCAUCAUGCAGACUGGCUCACCAAUGAGGCUGGCUUCAGCCACAGCCAUCAGCAUGGUUUCGGCCUGCUCAACGCUUGGAGACUUGUCAAUGCAGCCAAGAUCUGGACAUCUGUCCCUUACUUAGCGUCCUAUGUCAGCCCCAUGCUGAAAGAAAAUAAGGCUGUUCCACGGUCCCCCCACUCUCUGGAGGUGGUAUGGAAUGUCAGCAGGACGGACCUGGAGAUGUCGGGGCUGAAGACCUUGGAACAUGUGGCAGUGACAGUCUCCAUCACUCACCCACGACGUGGCAGCUUAGAACUGAAACUGUUUUGUCCCAGUGGCAUGAUGUCUUUGAUCGGCGCGCCCCGCAGCAUGGACUCGGAUCCUAAUGGCUUCAAUGACUGGACCUUUUCCACUGUACGGUGCUGGGGGGAAAGAGCAAGAGGCGUCUACAGACUGGUUAUCAGGGAUGUAGGUGAGCCCUCCUGUCUUACACUGCCUUGUCCCCUUGGGUCUCACUACCCACAGGAAGUGUUCCAUGGGAUGCCCUGUGAGACCCUUGUGCUGGUAGGCUGCUUCAGUGUCUUCUGGACCAUUUACUACAUGCUAGAAGUGUGCCUGAGCCAGAGGAGCAAGGCUUCCACCCAUGGCUGCAGGAAGGGGUGCUGCCCCUGGCCCCCACGAAGGCAAAACUCCAAGGAUGCAGGGACAGCACUAGAAUCAAUGCCACUGUGCAGCAGCAAGGAUCUGGAUGGAGUGGAUUCAGAGCAUGGGGACUGCACAACUGCAUCUAGCUUCCUGGCCCCAGAGCUGGAUUGUCCUCCACACAAACCCCCAGACCUGCUGCAGGGGAAGAGUGGGCAGAUCUGCUGACCUCAGAGCCCAGCUUCCUCCAUGUACAACAAGCUCUUCCUAAACUCGGUUAUGAGGCUUUCGAUCGUGGAAGCUCAGGAGGGAAUGGUCCUGAUAAUGACAUCUGGGACCCCAGGCCUCUGAAGCAUUCACAGCCUCCUCAGGAGGGUGAGGGCCAUCUUAAUUAAUGCUAAUGCAGUGGUAAGGGGCUGGUGAUCAUGGCUCCUCUAGCUGAACUUGGCUGAAAACCUUUGACAAGGAAUUGGCACUGAGACCAGGAAGCCCUUGAUUUCCUCUCUCCCUGGAGCCAGUCAGUCUCCUAGGCCAUCAGGACCUCCACUCAUUCGUGAGUUAGUUAUGCAGCAGCUCCCUGUAUACCUAGGAUAGCUCUCAACAGAAGCAUCACUGCCGAGGGACCAGAGAGAGGCGGCCAAGAGCCUGGACAUGCCUACCCUGAAAGCAGCUGCCUUCAUUACCCUUUUCUGUGCACCUGUUCUGAAGCCAACUUAAACCUGCCCACAUCUUCACUACCAUUCACCAUUCCUGCUGAAGGAAUGGUGAUGUGUUCCCAGGAGAACUGGGAGGUACAGGAUUCCCAGCACCCUGGCUGCCUCAUUGGGGAAGUUGGCCAGCCGGACUUCAGAGAGCUGAGACACAGCGUUUUCAAAGAUAGCCAGGGAGCACUGCCCCUGACCGCCUGUCUUCCUCUGCAACGUGCUCAGGGAAAUGGCCUCAUGCCAGAGGCCAGCUGUCUGCCCGACUUUUCCUCUGUCCUUGGCCUUCUCCCCUUCCCAUCUUCUGAGCUAAUUGUUAAUAUGAAUUUUUUAAUGCUUAAGAUUUGAUUUUUACUUUUCAAAGCAACAUUUUGUUGAUUUUUUUUUCUGCACAGCUUUCCAAAAUAAAAAGCAGAAGUAUAAAAAUCCAAACAAUUCCACCACUCCCAGUAUUCUCUCCUUUUGCCAACCCAGAGCUACACAAAUGGCACAUCACUCUUCUUCCCCAUAGCCUGCUUCCUCUGAAGCUCUGAGCCUAUGGGGCCAGAGAAGUUACCCAGAAGCCAUCCGCCAGGAACGGGUGAGCCCAACAUGUUCCCACCCUCAGGGUUCCUGGAAU